GAACUGCAUCGCAUCACACCGAAUCCUGCUUCCUUAGCGCUUCGUUUUCACAUUCUUCGCCAAAGCCAUGAGCAAGGAUCACAGCGAGCACGCUGAGGACGACGACUCCAGCCGUAGUAGGAAGGAGUCGGUUUCGGACAAUGAGCUUCCACAAAAUGCUGAGGAUGCGCCGUCAGACACCGAGAACAAGGUGUCGAAGGACUCGAAGCAUCACAAGUCCAAGCACCACGCAUCCUCCAAACACUCGAAGGGCGACGAGGAGGAAUUGUUGGAGAUUGAUGUAUCACAACCAGUGCCGCCUUCUCGGAAGCUUCGACGCAAGCUGAGAAAAGCUGGAAAGAUUGAUAAAGACGGCAACUGGACUGAGGAAGCUCUCAAAGAGGCCAAAAAGAAGGAAGCGAAACGUCUUCGCCGGCUGGAGAAAAAGCUCGGUGAGAAAGACACCGAUGAAGACGCCGAAAAGGGGCCUAAAGGUUCUUCUGCUCCGAACAAACCGGCGACUAAGUUCGGCAUCUGGAUCGGUAAUCUUAGUUUCCUCACGACUGUGGACAUCCUCAAAGAGUUUUUUGUUCGGGAGACGGCAGCAAUUGCGGCAGAACAAGGAGGCAAUGGACUGCAAGCCGAACAGAUUGUUCGUGUUCACAUGCCGAUGAACAAAAUUCGCAAAAACCAGAAUCGCGGUUUCGCUUACGUCGACUUUGACUCGGAGGAGUCGUUGGGUUUAGCUCUCGCGUGUUCGGAACACGCCUUGAACGGCCGUAACGUUCUCAUCAAAUCCAGCACCGACUACACCGGCCGGCCCGACAAGGUCACCGUGUCUAAAACCGAAAAGAUCGCCGCACGUCCGGCGAACCCGCCAUCCAGCACACUGUUCGUCGGUAACCUCCCCUUUGACGCGACAAAAGAAACUUUAAGCGAGUACUUUGGCGAUGCUGGUCGCAUCCGUCGUGUUCGCUUAAUGACGUUCGAGGAUACCGGCAAGUGCAAGGGUUUCGGCUUUGUAGACUUUUUUGAUGUUGAAACAGCUCAGCGUGCCAUGGCCAUGAGUCACGACACGUGGCGCCUUGAGUAUGGUCAAGACCGUUCGAAGCGUGUUCGUCCCGCGCGUGCCGCUCGAACGAACAAUUCCGGAGACUACGGUGAUGGAGCCGACGAAACUGGUUCCGGUGAAGCCGACUCUUACGAACGUCCUGUCAAACGCUCUCGUAAGGUCGAUCCUCGUUCUAUUCGCCCAGGAGCAGCUUUGGCCAGAGCUGCACGUGCUACGGCAGCCAUCGUCAAGCCGCAAGGAACAAAGAUUAAGUUUGAUUAACGUGUUUUUCAAUGACGUAAAUUGACCAGUUUUGCCCUAAUUCUGCAAGAUUUCCCGAAGCGUGUUAGUGUUUAGGGGUGGGGGUGAAAACAGCCGUCACACUUCAAAACCGAAAUUUUCUGACAUAAAUAGUGGCCUCCUCCCACUUGGAAAAGACCGUCAAGCAGCUCUGCCUACUUCAAUCGUCUAGUGCCUUGUGGUAGUGCAGCGUUGCUUCUGAACGUCUAUUGGUAAGUUUUCGAUUUUUGAGGGUGUCGGCUCUGUUGGGCUUGCUUGUGGAAUCAUGUACCCUGAUGAAUCUCCUUCGUAAACCCAGCUCACUCGUAGUAUAUACUUUGACGAGUAUGCGAAGUUUUUUAACUCUCUGAACAUGAUUUCCGCUUGGCUAGGCUUUCAGUUGCUGUUUCCUUGUUCCUCAUCGACUUGAUUGUUCGUCGGCUAACAUUGCAGAGGUGAUUGGUUUUGUGGAUCUGGUGAAGAUGCUUUUCCGGCAAUGGCUCGGAUGUCGUAUGGCCUUCAUUCGGUGCCUGAUAGAUAGUGGUUUUCGGUGAUGUCAUAGUCAACAAGAGUCUUUGAAGUCCGAG